CUGAAAUGCCGAAUCUCUAAUUUUAUGCACAGUUCUGUUUCUGUUUGAAUAAUUUUCCGAUUAUACUGAAUGUAUUCUUAAAUCGUGGGAAUUAACAGUUAAUUUUAACUUGCAAAAUGUUUUCUAGAAAGCUUAAAGCAAUUGAAUUUGGUAAAGCCGAUAAUUUCAAUGUUGAAGAUGAAAAUUCAUUCAGGAAUCUAGUUGCCUGGCUGGAAGACCAAAAAAUUAGACAUUAUCCAAUUGAAGAAAGAUCAGGACUCAGAAAGAUUAGCUCGCCAGAUUGGGAAAAUGCUUUCAAGAAAUACCUUGAAUCAUUAAAAUGCCCAUUCGAUGUCAAGGAUCGAAAAUUAGUUUUGGAUUGGCUAAUUUCAACAGCUGUUAGACUAGACUACAAUGAUAAUUUUGAUAAAUAUAAGGAUGUCACCGGCAAAUUGGUGAAAAAUCAAGCAAGCAACCCUCAAAUGGUUCAAGCUAAUCCAUUGGACAAUCUUGAUUUCAAUGCCAAAGAAUUCAAACAUGGGAUUGGUGAGCUUGCUAAGCUAUUGAAAGUUCCUCAACAUCCUGACCAUUUGAUAACUUUGAAAGCAAUAAACCAUCUCAUAAAAACAAGAUUGACAGCUGAUGCUCUACAGUCUGAGAAAGAAGAACUUGAAACCAGCGGAGAAAAAUCGUUCACCUUAGAGAAUAGUAUUCUCGGGUUUGAUGUUAAAGAUCAAAAUUUAUCUCGAGCAGCUAAAGUCCUAAGAAUUUUGUAUAUAAAUGACUUGAGAGACUUACAGAAUAAAAUUAAUCAAGUCAUUGUUUCAAUCCAAGCUAUUACUGCUAAUCCUAAGACGGAUACAAGUUUAGGCCAAGUUGGUCGAUAAUAAUAAAAUUGUUACUGCUAAAUUUAUAUAAUUUAUGCUCAUUAAAAUUAUAUUCUACUCCUAA